GAAGCCCCGGGCGCAGACGGCCGCGGGUGCUGCCGGGAAGGGAUACGUGCGUUAAUCCAGGCCCUGUACGGCUGCGAUGGCUGCUCCUCGAGUGUUCCCGCUUUCCUGCGUGGUGCAGCAGUAUGCCUGGGGGAAGAUGGGCUCCAGCAGCGAAGUGGCGCAGCUGCUGGCCAGCAGUGACCCACUGGCCCGGAUCUCAGAGGACAAGCCCUAUGCAGAGCUGUGGAUGGGGACACACCCUCGGGGAGAUGCCAAGAUCCUUGACAACCGGAUCAUACAGAAGACCCUAGGUCAAUGGAUUGCUGAGAAUCAGGACUGCUUGGGCUCAAAGGUCAAGGACACCUUUAAUGGCAACCUGCCCUUCCUCUUCAAAGUGCUCUCAGUUGAAACAGCCCUGUCUAUCCAGGCACACCCUAACAAGGAGCUGGCAGAGAAGCUGCACCUUCAGGCUCCACAGCACUACCCUGAUGCCAACCACAAGCCAGAGAUGGCCAUUGCCCUCACCUCGUUCCAGGGCUUAUGUGGCUUCCGGCCAGUUGAGGAGAUUGUAACCUUUCUGAAGAAGGUGCCUGAGUUCCAGUUCCUGGUUGGAGAUGAUGCAGCAACACAGCUGAAGCAGAGCAUGAGCCAUGACUCCCAGGCUGUGGCCUCUGCUCUGCAGAGCUGUUUCUCCCACCUGAUGAAGAGUGAGAAGAAGCUGGUGAUAGAGCAGCUCAACCUGUUGGUGAAGCGGAUUUCCCAGCAAGUGGCUGCUGGAAACAACAUGGAGGACGUCUACGGCGAGCUUUUGCUGCAGUUGCACCAGCAGUACCCAGGCGAUAUCGGUUGCUUUGCUAUCUACUUCCUGAACCUACUUACCCUGAAGCCGGGGGAGGCCAUGUUUCUGGGGGCCAGUGUUCCCCAUGCCUACCUGAAGGGAGACUGUGUGGAGUGCAUGGCCUGUUCAGACAACACUGUGCGUGCUGGCCUGACACCCAAGUUCAUCGAUGUGCCAACCCUAUGUGAAAUGCUCAGCUAUACCCCAAGCCCCAGCAAGGACAGGCUCUUUCUCCCAACACGGAGUCCGGAAGACCCCUACCUCUCCAUCUAUGACCCCCCUGUGCCAGACUUCACCAUUAUGAAGAUGGAGGUCCCUGGCUCUGUCACUGAGUACAAGGUCUUGGCACUAGACUCUGCCAGCAUCCUCCUGAUGGUGCAGGGGGCAGUGACAGUCAGCACACCCACAGCCCAGACAACAAUCCCCCUGCAGCGUGGUGGAGUGCUCUUCAUCGGGGCCAAUGAGAGUGUCUCACUGAAGCUUACGGUGCCUAAGGACCUGCUGAUAUUCCGUGCCUGCUGUCUUCUAUAGAAGCUGCAAUUUCCCUAGCCCUCCUCUGCUAGUCACCCCAAAUCCUGGCCAGCCUCACUUCCUUGGGCCCAGCCCAAGCCCCCUUCCCUUAUCUGGACUCCCUGGGUACAUGCGGGAAGAGCUGGGAUGGAGGAGUGAGCUUGGAGGUAGUGACUCCUGAGUACACCCAGGCUGAACCAUCUUUGGGGAGGAGGGGCCUGAUACUCCUUGUAUCUGCUCACCAUUCCUUGCCACACCCAAGCCAGACUUUUGCCAACUCCAAAGGCAGCAGCUCUACUACAGCCUAUAGCAUUAGGCUGUCUGGUGAAAUCUGUGACCCAGUAUUAACUCAGCAUCUGUCAGAGCAAGAGGCAGGUAAUUUCUAAGGACAGAGUUCUUGCCCUGAGACUGCCCAUUUCCUAGGCAGUAGAGAAGAAAAGGGAAAAGGCAGGCCUGUGGACUAGUGUUGAUUACACUUCUUGCUGUGUCAAAGAAAUUAAAGGUCACUUGUGUUGCA